AUGUCUCCUGAUGUCCCUGAGAGCCGUCAAGCGCGUGAACUUAAUAACACGUGUCAAGACAAUUACCAGCAACAAGGUUGGGACUUAAUUAGGGGAUUCUGGUGUGUUUACCAUCCUGGUUGCUGGGGUAUUUUGCUCAAAGGCAUCGUGCCACUUCACACAGUGGGGGGUCACAACAGUGCCACUCCACACAGUGGGGGUCUCAACGGUGCCACUCCACACAGUGGGGGUCACAACGGUGCCACUCCACACAGUGGGGGUCACAACGGUGCCACUCCACACAGUGGGGGUCUCAACGGUGCCACUCCACACAGUGGGGGUCACAACGGUGCCACUCCACACAGUGGGGGUCACAACGGUGCCACUCCACACAGUGGGGGUCUCAACAGUGCCACUCCACACAGUGGGGGUCUCAACGGUGCCACUCCACACAGUAGGGGUCACAACAGUGCCACUCCACACAGUGGGGGUCACAACAGUGCCACUCCACACAGUGGGGGUCACAACAGUGCCACUCCACACAGUGGGGGUCACAACGGUGCCACUCCACACAGUGGGGGUCACAACAGUGCCACUCCACACAGUGGGGGUCACAACAGUGCCACUCCACACAGUGGGGGUCACAACAGUGCCACUCCACACAGUGGGGGUCACAACGGUGCCACUCCAAACAGUGGGGGUCACAACAGUGCCACUCCACACAGUGGGGGUCUCAACGGUGCCACUCCACACAGUAGGGGUCACAACAGUGCCACUCCACACAGUGGGGGUCACAACAGUGCCACUCCACACAGUGGGGGUCUCAACGGUGCCACUCCACACAGUGGGGGUCACAACGGUGCCACUCCACACAGUGGGGGUCACAACGGUGCCACUCCACACAGUGGGGGUCACAACGGUGCCACUCCACACAGUGGGGGUCACAACAGUGCCACUCCACACAGUGGGGGUCACAACAGUGCCACUCCACACAGUGGGGGUCACAACAGUGCCACUCCACACAGUGGGGGUCACAACGGUGCCACUCCACACAGUGGGGGUCACAACAGUGCCACUCCACACAGUGGGGGUCACAACAGUGCCACUCCACACAGUGGGGGUCACAACAGUGCCACUCCACACAGUGGGGGUCACAACGGUGCCACUCCACACAGUGGGGGUCACAACAGUGCCACUCCACACAGUGGGGGUCACAACAGUGCCACUCCACACAGUGGGGGUCACAACAGUGCCACUCCACACAGUGGGGGUCACAACGGUGCCACUCCAAACAGUGGGGGUCACAACAGUGCCACUCCACACAGUGGGGGUCACAACAGUGCCACUCCACACAGUGGGAGGACCCUGCGUCAUAGACGGAUGGCGUAUGACUGCGUCAGGGCAGAUGGCAUAUGUCUGCGUCAGAGACGGAUGGCGUAUGGCUGCGUCAGAGACGGAAUGCGUAAGUUCGUGUAA